GAGAGGAAGAGGAGGAGGAUGGUAUAUGAUUGGCCAGGCGGGGACUGGUAGUCCGGAGGCUGGCAUUGUGCUCCAGCGUAGAUCCCCGUGUUCUUGUUUACACCUUGCGGACGGGGGACAAGACAAGACACCCAGGGACCCAGAGCAGACUCGGGAGUCCAGUCUGCAGCGGACGCCAGGAAUCUUGACAGCAUCUACCACCCCCGUGGUAGUUAUUAUACACUGGCGCAAAAAAAAAAACAAGUUUGUCUUUGCAGGGAAUCGGACUCUCUCGUGUAAUUUCAGUUCUCCAUUCAGAGCAGAAAUGCGUCAAACUUUUUAGUGACUUUUUUGGCACCUCUGCAGGUAGCGGUGUUCAAGUGCUGCUGGACAUGAAAUCUACCAGGAAUAGUCCCAACAGAUUGUUCCUCUAUACACACAGGGUGUGAUUCAUCCACGGACCUCUUCAAACUUUGAUUGCGGACGGAAAAUACCCCCUUUCAGUCUUUUCUCAGACAUCACAAGCUGCGCGUGAUGGAUUUGUUUUGAGCGUUGCAGUGCGUUUGCGUCAACAGUCAACAACUAUUUCCCAAAACAUCCAACACCCUUGGUGUUUCGCUCUUUCCCUGAGAGAUCUUUCAAAGGGGUAAAGACUUUGUUGGGCUAGAGCCACUUUGGUGUGUCAAAAGCACCGCAGCUUACGCUGUGUGGACAACACGGGACGUUUCGCAACGGCGUAGCCGGAAAAGAUGCUCUCUGUUCGGAUGCAGCGUGACCAAUGUGUCGCUCCUCUGGUUCUUCUCCUCCUGGUUGGGAGAUGUGUCGUUUCGGGCACUGAGAGCAGCGACUACAGCGAGGCCGAGGUUCUCCCCGACUCCUUCCCGUCAGCACCGGCAGAACCUCUCCCAGAAUUCCUGCUGGAACCGGAGGACGCUUUCAUCGUGAAGAAUCGGCCGGUUCAGCUACGGUGCCGGGCGUCACCAGCCACCCAGAUCUACUUCAAAUGUAACGGAGAAUGGGUCAAUCAAAAUGAUCACGUCACCAGAGAGAGCCUUGACCAGAUCACAGGUCUGGUGGUGCGGGAGGUGGACAUCUCGGUGUCAAGAACCCAGGUGGAGGAGCUGUUUGGGCUGGAGGACUACUGGUGCCAGUGUGUGGCCUGGAGCUCGGCUGGCACCACCAAAAGCAACCGUGCCUACGUUCGCAUUGCAUAUCUGAGGAAGAAUUUUGAGCAAGAACCGCUGGGGCGGGAGGUGCGACUCGAACAGGAGGUGUUGCUGCAGUGUCGCCCCCCAGAAGGGAUGCCCGCUGCCGAGGUGGACUGGCUGAAGAACGAGGAUGUCAUAGAUCCAUCGCAGGACUCCAACUUCCUGAUCACCAUCGAUCAUGAUCUGAUCAUAAAACAGGCCAGACUCUCAGACACGGCCAACUACACCUGUGUGGCUCGUAACGUGGUGGCUAAAAGACGAAGCAGCACAGCUACUCUUAUUGUUUAUGUGAGCGGAGGCUGGUCUUCUUGGACCUCAUGGACAGAGUGUAACGCUCGGUGCGGGCGCGGGUGGCAGCGACGAACACGUAGCUGUACCAAUCCCGCCCCUCUGAAUGGAGGAGCCUUCUGCGAGGGGCCACCCUUCCAGAGAGUGACCUGCACCACAAUGUGCCCAGUGGACGGAGGCUGGACAGAAUGGGCAAAGUGGUCUGCCUGUGGGACAGAGUGUACCCACUGGCGUAGUCGUGAGUGCCAAGCCCCUCCACCCAGGAACGGAGGAAAGCACUGCAGCGGCAGCAUGAUGGAGAGCAAAAACUGCACCGAGGGGCUGUGUGCGCGCAAUAAAAAGAUUUCUAUUGAACAUUCAAGCCAUCCACUGGCCCCAGGUAUGGGUGUAGCAGUCUAUGCUGGUCUGGUGGGGGCCCUGCUGCUUUGUGUGAUACUGGUACUGUGCGUGGGAGUGCUCGCAUAUCGCCGUAGAUGCCGCCAUCUCCACGGAGACAUCACUGACUCUUCAUCUGCUCUCACCGCCGCAUUCCACCCUGGCAACUACAAGCCUCCCAGACAGGAUAACCCUCACCCUCUGCAUCCCUCAGCUCCCCCGGAUCUGACAGCCACAGCGGGGGCUUUCCGUGGGCCGCUCUUCUCCCUGCAGCAGGGGGUCAACGACAGUCCCCAUAAAAUCCCCAUGACCACCUCUCCGCUGUUGGACCCGUUGCCCAGUCUCAAAAUCAAGGUGUAUAAUUCCUCCACUCUCUCCUCGCUGGAGCUCCCUGCGGACAUGUGCUCAGAUGGUGAGAUCCUCAGCCUGAAGUCGGUGGGUACGAUGGGUAGAGAGCGAGACUACUACAGCCACACCCUGUCCAGAGAGCCUGGGCUGAGCACCAGCGCCACCCUAGGUAAUCUGGGUGGACGCCUUACCAUCCCCAAUACAGGUGUGAGUCUGCUGGUCCCUCCUGGCACAAUCCCCCAGGGGAAGUUCUAUGAGAUGUAUCUCAUUAUCAACAAAUGGGACAAAACAACGCUACCCUCUGAGGGCAGUCAGACUGUGCUAAGUCCUGUAGUGAGCUGUGGCCCUUCAGGUAUGCUGCUGAAUCGCCCUGUGGUUCUUACUUUGCCACACUGUGCCCAGCUAGACACACCUACACCUGACUGGACUCUCACACUCAAGACACAGACACACCAGGGGGCAUGGGAGGAGGUGCUGACAGUGGGAGAGGAGACUUUGUCGUCUCCGUGCUAUCUGCAGCUGGAGGAGGAGUGUUGUCAUGUUCUCAUGGAGCAGCUAGGAACGUACGGUCUAGUGGGCCAGUCCUGCCCGCCACAGCCUGCCUGCAAACGCCUGCAGCUGGCACUGUUUGCCCCCCGAGCACCCUGCCUCUCCCUGGACUACAGCCUCCGGAUCUACUGUAUCCAUGACACCCCACAUGCACUCAAAGAGGUGCUGGAUUUGGAAAGGAGUCUAGGUGGAGUUUUGCUGGAGGAUCCCAAGCCGCUGCUCUUCAAAGACAGCUACCACAACUUGCGCCUGUCCAUCCACGACAUUCCUCACACUCACUGGAGAAGUAAACUGCUGGCAAAGUAUCAGGAGAUUCCGUUCUAUCACAUCUGGAGCGGGAGUCAAAGACCCCUGCACUGCGCCUUCAGCCUGGAGAGAGGCAGCCUGGCCGUGUCACAGCUCGCCUGCAAGAUCUGUGUUCGACAGGUGGAAGGGGAAGGACAGAUUUUCCAGCUGCACACGGAUAUUCAGGAGACUCUACCACCGCACUCGCCCCUCCCCUCAGGAGGCACCUGCCUGCCUUCCUCUCAAGUGGGACCCUAUGCCUUUCGCUUGCCUGACUCCAUCCGGCAGAAGAUCUGUGCCAGUUUGGAUGCACCCAGUGCUCGCGGAUGUGACUGGAGACUACUGGCACGCAGUCUGGGCUUUGACAGGUACUUGAACUACUUUGCAACAAAGCCCAGCCCCACAGGUGUUCUUCUGGACUUAUGGGAAGCUUGUCACCAAGCUGACGCAGACCUGGUCUCUCUGGCGACCGCACUGGAAGAGAUGGGCAAGAGUGAGGUGCUAGUUGUCAUGACAACAGAUGGGGAUUGUUGAUUGGUCAAGGAACCGAGAGAGCAAGCAAGAUUUCUUUUUUUGUUUUUGUUUUUUUUACCACUAUGAAGAAAAUAAUACCUGCCUAAGAAUAUGCAUAUCCAGGCACAAAUUGCAAGCUUAUGGUUCCUUCACAUGUACUUUAUUACCUCUGCCCCCUGAUCAGCCACUGUAGCUCCAUACUAACCAUUCCCGUGCAGGCCAUCCCAUGUUAACUGCUAACCUGAUUCAGCUUGAAUCCUCCCUCCAAAGCAUUGUCACAUCUGCGAGAUGUGAAACCAAUUUUAGGGUAUGAAGGUGAAAAAUGGGUGUUAAAUCAUCUGUCAUAUGCGGUGUGGACUGUCUUCUUCAAGGAUUGAAAACGAUACUAUUCUUGUGUAUAAAUCGUGAAGCUUUGGGACAUAUAAAAAAAAAUAAAAAAUCAAUUUAUUCAACACACAAACGCUAACACAGGAUUACCCAUGUGUCAGUAGCAGCAUGAAAGUGCAUGAUUUAACACCAUCUCACCUCAUGGCAGGGGCUUUUGUUUUUUCCAUUUUCAUUUUGUGUGUGCAGUGAAUGACAGGCAGCAACGACCUGUCUGCAACCUCCUCAGGCUACAGACACACAUAGACCAACACACACAGACGCACGCACACACACACACACACACACUCACACACAUGGACAAAUUGGUCAUUAACUGGCUCAGAAUCAGACAGGCUAGGAUUUCUUGUCUAACAGCUUCAACUGUCGACAAAUCAUAUGAGGACCGAACCUUCAAGGUUUGAGGGCUGAAAAUAAACGCUGCCUCUUCUUUGUGAUAGGAGGGUGAAUUGUGAAGUUUGUUUAAGAUUGACUCUUUAUAUUGUACCAACAAACGCCUCAAAGCCUUGGCAUAUCAUUCUAACUCACAGGGGUGUUUCUCUUUCAUCUGUCCCUGCAUUCCUCUAUCGCUCUGCCACACUCCUCCAAUCUGUUGAGAAUAAGCUGCAGGAGAGCUCUCUGGUCAUCCCUUAAAAGUUUCCUUUGGGGAACGCUCUUUAUGUUAUUAUCCAUAUUUGUGGAUUGUUUUUUUUUUGUUGUUGUGUUGUUUGUUUUUUUCUGAUGCCAUUGCUGUUUACGAUCAUAUAGAACCUGUUCUAUCAUCUGUGCUUGUUUAGGCUACUGAGCUGCUGUGUUUUAUUUUUUAAUUCUAGUAGAGCAGGCCAAAUGAGAGAGUUAGGUGCACAGUGUCUCAGUUGUGAAUAACAGAACCAUGUUCAUUUGUUAUUUUUAAUACUGUGUAUCUAUAAAAAAAAUGUAUAAUCUGUAAAACGUGAUUAGAGGUGGUCAAAUGUCCAGGUGAAAAUACUGUAGGCAUUUUGCUGUGCUGCGACUGAGGACAGUUUCCAAUGUUCAUGAGAUGAAUAUUACAAAAUAGAUUAGCCUUGCCUUGAAUCAGCUAGGCAGAAAGGGACCAUCAGAUUUACCUCAAAAUUAACCAUUUCAAACUCUCUGUCCACCAUUUACCAAUGUGUCCAUCUGUCCAUCCAUCGCCCUGUAAAUCAUCUCCCCUCUCUCGUUUUGAUAACAUAUUGUUAAUCUUUUUACUAAGCCGCCUGCUUUGUGGUCAGGGUCCUCAAGCUAUUUGCAUUAUCAAUAUUGUUCUGUCAGUUAUUGUUCGACGGAAAUUGAAAUGCUGUCAUCUGCAACGUUGUCAUUACUUAAGUUCUGUGUGUUACUAUGUCUUUUUUUCUCCCUUAACGCAAAAAAAAAA